AUGCCCGAUGCCCGAUGGCGGGCCGGCUUCGAACUUGAGGCGAGAGUGAAAGGAGACGAGUUGGAUUUUGAGACGGGUAACACAGCAUCGGCUCACUCGUCCUCACCGCGGAGCCGAGAGCAAGGCGAAGCGCUCUUUCCUGUUACUUUACACGUGCGACGCAUCUCAGACCGAGUUCGGCGAGUUGUUCGACGCGACUAUUUUUACAUCGGAUGCGACAAGCGGGCGGACGCCCCGCGAACGGAGCCGAUCUCAGCGCGGCCCUGCAGGACGGUGCAUACGCAGGUAGAGGGCCUCGGUGUCCGCAGCCGACGUCCCUGCAUCCCCGGUCUCUAUAAAUACCCGGCAAGUGCGGCGCGCGGCACGCGGGGAGGGGCAUCCGCCUCUGCAGCGCUCCAAACCGCGCGGCCAGCGGACCUUAGCGACGGCAUAUCGAUUGCGAGGGCUCCCCCUGCGGCGCGCCGCCUCCAUUGUGCCACGGGAUGCCUUCUCCGUUUCCUGCCUGGUUCGGUUGCCGGCGCCGCCCCGCGCCCCGCUCUCCCCCCCCCGCACCCGUCAGGACGUCCGACAGCUGCCCCUAGCCGCGUCGCUGCUUCGCGUCGCUUCCCAACCACUGAGGAGUGCUCUCGUUCGGCCACAGCCGAGUGGAGGUCGCCUGCCGCGCCGGCUCCCCUAGCCGCGUCGGCGAGGAUGAAAAACAUGGGAGCACAUGACAUCGGCCCCUCCGCCCCCGUCCCGCGCCCACGCGCCGCGGCCGCCCGCCGCUCGCUCGGCGCUUGCCGCUUGCCGAGCGAG